AUGUUUUCUCCAUAUUUUCUCCAUUCUGCUGAUCACCCAGGUGUCAUCCUCGUCUCCACUCUUCUCAAUGGUGACAAUUAUCCUACCUGGAAGAGGGCUAGGAAAAUGGCUUUGAAUGCCAAAAAUAAAUUUGGUUUUGUUAAUGGUACUCUUCCUAGACCAACGUCCUCCUCAAUAGAAGCUCAAUUGUGGGAAUGUUGCAGUGAUAUGGUCUUAUCAUGGAUCCUCAACUCCAUUGAUGCAUCCAUUGUUCAUAGUCUAAUCUAUCAUGAAUGUCCCAGUGAUGUAUGGCUAGAUCUUGAGAAUCGUUUCUCUCAAAGCAACAAUCCUCAAAUUUUCAAAUUGAAGCAUGACAUUGCUACUCUUAUCCAAGGCUCCAUGAUCGUCUCUAUGUAUUUUAUAACACUUAAAGGUUAUUGGGAUGAACUCACCAUGCUUGCCUCCGCACCGCAGUGCACUUGUGGUGCCUUAAUCGAAUUAAUCCAAAUGCAAGACACUGAGUGA